AUGGACUUAUAUAGUUCUGCAGCAAUGACACCAGAUCAACUUUCUAAAAUCGCUAAAGAAGUGGGCGUUUCAGAAAAAGCUGUGAUGCAUAUGGAUCGACGCCUUAGAGGAAAAGAUUACUCUUUAAACGCUCCUUUAGGAACGGAAGAUGGCGAGGACUCAGAAUGGAUUGAUCGUGUUGAAGAUGAAACUGCAAGCCCUGAAGAACGCAUGGUUUAUGAAGAUCGACAACAAAAGGCCCAAAGCUUUAUUGCGGAAGCUUUAGAACUUUUAAAACCUCGUGAAGCAGAUAUCAUUCAUCGACGUCACCUCAGUGAUACCCCCAUGACUUUAGAAGCCCUAGGCCAUGACCUUGGUAUUUCCCGAGAACGUGUUCGACAAAUUGAAGUCGCAGCUCUCUCGAAGCUCAAAAGUUCAUUAGGGGAUAUUGUGCACGCUCUUUGA